UCUAUCUUGCCCAUUAGGAAGGCGUGUGAUCUUUUGUAUUCUCCAACCUCGAUACAUCGUCUUAUCUUUACUUUUCUUACUCCUUCAGACACCUAGUCCUGAAGGACAUUGAACAAGUAAGCUUCACGAGUGUAUCAAGAAAACUCUAAUCUUGAGAUUACGACAAUCAUGGGUGAAGCGCCAAUUACCCCACCAUCGUCAUCGUCACAACGUGCCCCACCUCCGCUACCUAGAACCAUAAGUCCAAGUAUCACACUCCAACCACCGCUUUCUAGACGCGGAAAAGGACCUGGACUGGUGCUUGUGUUGGAUCACUAUGCGGCGAGAGAAGCCAAGGACGGGUGUUUAGAUCCACCGCCACUACAGAAAUGGGCCGAGGAGGGGUUUGCAGUCGUGCAGCUGCUAGUCCCUGGCAAAGUUGAAGACGGUGGCGAAUUUCCUCUCCAAAAAGCCCUAGAAGCGUUGAAGAACUGCAAAGGAUGCGAAUUCAGCAAUGGUGUUGGACUGAUAUCAUACCUAUCAAGAACUCCAUAUUACGUUGAAGAAGCCGCCGGUAGCACUCCAGACAUCAAAGCUCUUGUCUCCUACGGUGGCGGAAAGUUCACCACCAUCGGCUCAACACCACUUCCACCCCAAUUGAUACACAUAGCGGGGCUGCCAGAUACUCGUCGUCGUGAAUCGUGUUCACUGGUCCCAGGACCAUCUUCAGAAGAUACGACACCACUCCCGGAGAACGUCAUCAAGUCUUACCGAUACGAAGAUGCAAAGAAAGAAUCCGGAUGGGUACUUCCAAGCGAUGAGGACUACCACAAGCGAAGCGCAGGCAUUGCGCACACGAGGAGUCUGACCUUUUUGAAGCCUUUGCUUGGUGGACCAUUCUUCGACCUGGAGGCUGUGUGGGAAGAGCAUACGAAAUUCGAGUUUGGGGAGAGAGAUGUUGCGAAAACAAUGGCUACAAUGGUGGACCAGCCGUAUGUCAAUCACAUACCGACCAUGACCGGAGGGGUGGGCCAAGAGCGACUCACAGCCUUUUACACUCACCACUUUGUUUUCAGCAACCCGCCCGAUACCGCCCUCUCUCUCGUCUCACGCACCGUAGGCAUCGACCGCGUGAUUGACGAAUUCAUCUUCACCCUCACACACACUAGAGAAGUUCCUUGGCUUCUACCCGGUAUCCCUCCUACCGGCAGGCCUCUCGCCAUUCCCUUCACCAGCGUCGUUGCCAUGCGCGGCGAUCGACUGUGUCACGAGCAUAUCAGCUGGGAUCAUGCGACGGCGCUCAAACAGUUGGGGCUAUUGCCGGAGUAUGUCCCUUUUCCAUUCGAGAUUGAGGGAGAGGCCAGGCCGGAGGGGAAGAGGUACGAGGUCAAGUUGCCGGUUGUGGGUAUGGAAGGGAGUAGGAAGUUGGUGGAUGAGAGUUGUGAGGAGAGCAAUGCUUUGAUGGGUGGUAGAUGGCGAGUGGUUGACGAUGUUUGAUGAGAAACUCUCAAGGGAUAGGGAUGGAUAAAGGCAUGUCUUGUGGCUCACAGGCUAUGCGCACCAUCUCCUAACGGUUGAUAUCGUUAUCAUCGGCCAUGUCUCAGUCACGCUGGACAUUCUGGAGGUGAUCAGCGCACUACGCGAAGCUGCGCACAAAGCGAUGGAUCGCAAGUCGUGGUUUCUUCGGAGAAAUGUAGAAGCAGUUGGCGUGGAGUGCGCAGAUCAAUGCUAUUCUCGGUGCCGCAACUAGUACUAGCGUCCAG